CAAUUUCACAAAGAACCGCAAACCCAUGUGCAGAGGAGUUCAUUCUCGUAUAUAUACAUUCAUUUUCUACCUAUUCCAAUUCGAUCCGAAACUUUUCAGGGCUGGUUCUUGAGCAAGACCGAAUCAUUUCUACUGCGAAGACUGGGAUUCAUUUGGCCGUCGAUUUGGGAACCAAGAACAAAACCAGAAGGGCAAACAUUUUCUAGGUUUAUCUCUUGGCUAUGCUAUCUUUCCUUGACACAAAGAAGUAUUGGAAUCGGUGAUCAAAGAUUCGAUCCGAAAUCGUGCGGACGCGCGUCCGUCACGCCUGGUCGCAACAGUGGUAAAGUAGCGGCAAAAUCAAAAGAAGAAAAGAACUCGCUUUGUAAUGCUACGAGUUGGUUUGUUAUGAUAUGGCCAGAGAGUUAAUUCCCAGCUUGUCGUCAUUUCCUCCUUUAGAGCAUCCUCCAUCUUCUUGUGGCACUUUCAUCAAGAGAGAUAUCAAACCAAGUUGUGGUCCACAAGUGAUUGACCUAACAAGUGAGAGUUCUUCAACUACUAUGUCGCAUCAGCCAUUGAGGCACAUGCCACCUUAUCCACCCCACCCCCACCAUUCAUCGGCCUUCCACAGAGUAAAUCAUCCACAUGGCCAUCUUCCUGAAAGCCAUGGGAGUUCCUCAAGUCAUGCCUGUCCCUUCCUUCAACAACAACAGCAGCAACAACACCACCACCCAUCACAUAAUAGACUAUUCCAUCCCCCAACAAACAGCAAUUUGUGUCCACUCAGUAUGGGGUCAACUGUACCUCUACAGCACCACCCACCCCACCCUGGACCUCCAGUUAUUAUCGAUGUGGAUCAAAUGCCAGAUCAUGUUAGAGCAGUACCAGUAACAAGUCUACCAAAUUCUUUAUUGGUUGCAAGUGUGCCUGUCGCAGCACCAACAUAUAUUCAACCACACCAUCCUCAUCAGAUGGAUGUCGACCCAAGAGGAAAUAAUGGAGUCAGUACCCACCAUCAUCAUCAUUAUCACCACCACCACCACCAUCAUCAUCAUCAUUUUGUGCAGCCACCAUAUCAAGUUCCACAACCACAGGCAUAUCACCCAUAUCCUACACCUGGAAGCAUGCAUCACAGGCACUACCGAAGAUGGCACCAGAACAGUUCAUCACAUUCACCUUGGCCAUCACGGCGUUCACAUCCAACACCUCCACCUCCACCCUUGCACUCUGGAGUACACCCUUACCCAGAUCUACUGUAUCAUUUAAUAUCUGUGAUGUCAAUGCAGCCAGUACCAACACAGCAACCUCCUCCUGCCUGGGAAGAAGAACUCCAUCCUCGUGAAAACUAUGAGACUCUUCUAAACUUUGCAGAGCAGAUGGGGGAGGUGAAACCUAAAGGUUUGUCUCGUGUAGAAAUUGAUCAACUACCUACGUACCGUGUUACAGCAGGACCAAAGGAUGAAGAGGAGGACAAAAGAUGUGUGGUGUGCUUAGUGGAUUUUGAAGAGAAACAGCUUGUCAGGGUUCUACCCUGUCUUCAUGAGUAUCACACAAGAUGUAUUGAUAAAUGGCUCAAGUCAAACAGAACAUGUCCCAUCUGUAGAGCAGAAGUGAAUGUCAACACAGAUUAAAAGAUCAUGAUAAAAAUGGAUUUAAGUUAAGGCUCAGAUGUCCUCUGUAAAGUGGGAGUGAAAGGAUAAAAGCACAAUUAAGGACAGUGAACAACAGCAAAGCAUUUAUAAAGCCUUUGAAUUGUAUAAAGUAAUUGAAGCAUCUGUGUAGCCUAAAAGGCACUCCACAGUUGUCAGAGGUUUGAUAUGGAAGUUGCGUGCUGAGACAUUAAGAUAUUCAAGUGGUCCAUGUAUGGAAGAUGAGUUGUGGGGAACCCAUCAUUAUGUGUCUCUCUUUAACAACGAAGCGACAUGACACCAUCAAUGCGAGAGGGUAAAAUAACAUGUAAUGAAUGAUAAAGUUUGAAACAAAUCAAUUUGAGAAAUACAAAGAUCUUGCUAGUAAUAAUAAUUUAGCUUUCAGUGAGCAAAUUCCCAAACCAGUAUGGCAGUUAUUUUUAUGCUAAUCAAGAAAAGAGGUUGAUGUGGGAAGCAAAUCAGAUUUAGAUGUCUUGUCCCAUAACUUUAAAGCAGAUUUCUUUCCAAAGUUUCCGUGGUUUAAUUGCAUAGUUACAUUAUUUGUCUGUGUUAGUUGAUUGAUGUAGCUUGUUUCAACUGAAACAACCCACAGCCAAAUUUUGUUGCCAAAGCCAAAAAUAAAUGAACUUGAUUCAAAAUUAUUCCAUCCAUUUCUUUAUCGAAUGGUUUGUCACAAGGAAAGCAAGUUAAUGUCCCAUACUGUAUGCUUUAAAGAUUCAUUUUUGUUAUGGAGUGUCGUCAGUGUCAUUUAUAUUUGAGUUUGCCAAAUCUGAAAUCAACGCAUUUACACAAGCUGCCAAAAUUCUUGUUAUGUUUUGACUUUUCUGAGCAAAAUUAUUUUCCCUUGCCAUUUAACGUAAGUCAGUUUGCCAUGAGCAAACGUCCAGGGGACAGUCGGUCAUCUCUUUACAGAGCUCUUGGGUUGAUGUGUUUAGAUACUUUUAAAAAGAAAUGGAUUGAAACUUUUGACCAUUUUCAAUGUACAUGGUAAAGAUCAAUGGCUUAGGACUUGAUAUGCUGUACUUAUCAGGUUUUAAUAUCUUUAUGUGGAACAACACUAACUCACCACCCUAAAAUAUGAAAAUUAUCUGCUUUGUACUGCAUAACACUGGGUGAACUGCAGUCAACAGUAAAAUGUACUUUGUGUUUCAUUAUAUUCCAUACAGAAACCGAUUCAUGCCAAAGCAAUUUGUAAAUACAUUGAGUUGCUACUCAAAAGUAAGAUAAGCUAGGUAUGAAAAAUUUAAAAGUGGGAAAAAAAAUAAUUUUUAUAAAGUAAUGUCACAUAUAUAAAUAUAUUCUGCUGUUUUGUACAAAAGAAAUGUAUGAAGUUAUCAUGUACAUUUGGAUUAAUUUGGCUGUGAAAUGUUAUAGUGUUUUGAAAGAAGGGGCAUGACACUUCAGUUAUCUAAAAGUGCCACUACAAGUGAUUUUUUUUAAUCAGUAGGAUUUUAAGAAUCACAGCCUUUUAAGUCUACUCUGUACUUGAUGCAGCUACAAUAAAAUAACUUUUAAGAUAAAAUUUAA